ACUGUCGCGGACCAUAUAUUUUCUGGCUUCUGUCUUGUUCUAUACGUUUAGACGUCUUCUAGCGUCACGUGACAUUGGGAAGCUAAAGUCGAGUCGCCCCUGUUGUGUUUUUUUUCGCUAACGACAUAACAAACACCUGCGUGGAUACGUUAAUCCUCCAGUUUGACAUUAUGAAUGUGCUGUUGUAUUAAUGUGUUUAAUGAGAGCUCUGCAUUUAAAUCGAGCAGCAAGUUGGUGAUCACUUCAGUUGCUUUUCAAGACCAUAUCGCCCGAAGCCUGCUGCACCCACAUUCAUCACUCUCCAAGCCUUUGCUCAAGUCCAAAUCAAAAAGGCCCCAAAAUGCAGAAGCAAUAGGACGAGGAGGGGAGACGGGUCCUCAGAGACGAGUGUUGCUGUUUUGUUCAGCUCAGAAGUUGGGUCUGGUGGCGUCCCCAGCGGAGAGACUGACGGAGGCCAAAUGGAGUCAGGUCAAAGCGAGGUCUGUUCAGCAGGGGGACUCGGCUCAGCCAUGUGCAAUAUGCAGGGAGGAGUUUCGCAUUCAGCCUCAGGUGUUGCUGUCCUGCUCUCACGUUUUCCAUAAAGCGUGUCUGCAGGCCUUUGAGAGGUUUACCGGCAGGAAGUGCUGCCCAAUGUGCAGGAAGGAGCAGUACGAAACACGGGUGAUACAUGACGCAGCUCGUCUCUUCAGACACCAGUGUGCUACCAGGAUCCAAGCGUGCUGGCGAGGCUACGUUGCUCGAAAGUGGUAUAGCCGUGUGAAGAGAACUAUCUGCCCACAGGACAAACAGCUACGGCACAAGUUCUUUGAAGCAAAGUUGCAGGAGUUGAAUGACAGCUUUGUCCGAUACUGUCACGCCGACUUAGAGGCUUUUCUGAGUGAUAUCGACCGCUCCCUGUCAUCAAGCAGACGAGUGUUCCAGCAGCUGGACAGAAAGGGCAUCUCUGAACCUCAGGAGAAGGACUGGGACCGAAUACAGAGCCAGGUAAUCAGCAGAGGUGUCAGUGAGUGUCCUAUCUGCCUGACAGCUCUGGGCGGCGUAACCCUCACAGCCGACCAUCCAGGCCACAGACCCACUGUGCUCCUGUCCUGCUCCCACCUUUUCCAUCAACUGUGCUUAGAGGCCUUUGAGGCUUUCACUGCAGCCAGUAGACCUUCGUGUCCUCUUUGCAGAUCAGUCUACCACAAGAGACUCAUCUGAUCAGGUACAAAUGUAUUACAAAAGCAGGGUUAACCAUUACAGUUCUUCAUUGGGUGAAAUGUUUAGUUACUUUCUUGGUAACAGUUUUCCUCUGGUAGUAUUUGAACCUUUAAUAUGAAAAGAUCAUUAUCUAUCUCAAACUUUAAUCUGGAGUCAAUUAAAAAGGAAAUUGUAUUUCACUGCUAACCGACCUUGUUUCUUUUUAAUACUGUUUAUAAUAAUGCUCUAACUUUUA